ACGCACACACACGCGCGCGCUCGCCCGCCGCCAAUUUCCUCGCCCAGUGCCGAAACCCGGAGCAGCGCUCGUGCAGAUUCCACGCCGCUCGCAGCCCCCACAAUACGCCCGCCCCAUGUGACGCUGCCGCCUGAGAUGCUGCUGCGAGCGCUGGCCCACCACGCGCACCGGCGACUGCCUACCGCCACUGCCCCCGAUCCCGAAUUCUCGUAAACAUGUGUGACAGCCAUGCGAUGCCUUUCGUCAACCAAGUGACGUGAAGUCCCGCCGCCUCUGCGGUUUCGCUGAGAGGGCUGACAACGUGGAACGCCGAGAAGGAUGCUGAGGGGCACGGCGGCUGCCAGCUUGCUAUGUCUCCUCACCUUCGCAUGGACGGCGGCAGAGGUGUCCUCGGCAGGGAGCAGCGACCAGUACCAGGGGUCGACGGCCUCCGACCGGCUGGAGAACGUCACGCAGACAAUAUCUCGGCUCCUCGAGGGCUACGACAUCCGCCUUCGGCCCAACUUCGGAGGUGACCCUCUGUAUGUUGGUAUGGAUCUCACAAUAGCAAGCUUUGAUUCCAUUUCUGAGGUGAACAUGGACUAUACCAUUACCAUGUACCUCAAUCAAUACUGGAAAGAUGAACGACUUGCCUUCAGUAAUGAAGAAGAGAUAUUAACAUUAUCAGGUGAUUUUGCUGAGAAGAUAUGGGUACCUGACACAUUUUUUGCAAAUGACAAGAACAGCUUCCUUCAUGAUGUGACAGAAAGAAAUAAACUGGUACGGCUUAAUGGAGAUGGGAGUAUUACAUAUGGCAUGAGAUUUACAACGACAUUGGCCUGUAUGAUGGAUCUACAUUAUUAUCCCCUUGAUUCACAAAACUGCACAGUAGAAAUUGAGAGCUAUGGGUACACUGUAUCUGAUGUUGUAAUGUACUGGAAGGAGACACCAGUACGAGGAGUGGAGGAGGCAGAACUACCUCAGUUCACAAUUGUUGGAUAUGGAACCAAUGACCGCAAAGAAAGACUGGCAACUGGGAACUAUCAGCGACUUUCCUUAUCCUUCAAACUUCAGAGAAACAUUGGUUACUUCAUAUUUCAGACAUAUCUUCCUUCAAUAUUAAUUGUUAUGCUGUCAUGGGUAUCUUUCUGGAUCAAUCAUGAAGCAACCAGUGCUCGUGUAGCAUUAGGUAUCACAACUGUACUGACAAUGACAACAAUAAGUACAGGUGUCCGCAGUUCUCUUCCUCGAAUAUCUUAUGUCAAAGCAAUUGACAUAUAUUUAGUUAUGUGCUUUGUAUUUGUCUUUGCUGCCCUGCUUGAAUAUGCAGCUGUUAAUUAUACAUACUGGGGAGCACGGGCCAAAAAGAAGUCUAAGAAAACCAAGGAGGCUGAGGAGAAGAAGACAACGCAAGGCACGACAAUACCAAGCAUGAAGCCCAUUACUUCAACAACUGAUGGUUUUGCUUCUGCAACAGGUGCAUCACCCGAUCAGGAAAUAAUUGAACUUCAAGAUGUGCGGAUGUCUCCAAUACCAUCCAUACGCAACCGACACAACAGUCGCUUUUCUACAUCAUCCACAGAGCCUGUGGAUCCUUCUCGAUUUCCUCCUAGUUUCCGUAUGAAUCGUUCUCCAGGGUAUUCAUUUCCAGUUCGAUCUACUGGUGGACUGAGGUUUCGAGGAUCGAGGAGCCAUAUACAACAUACAAAUCAUCGGCCAAAAGUGUUCAAUGCUCUAAAACGAGGAGCAUCAGCUAUUAAGGCCUCCAUGCCAAAAAUUAAGGAUGUUAAUAUCAUAGAUAAAUAUUCACGGAUCAUUUUUCCAGUUUCUUUCAUGCUGUUUAAUGCUGUGUACUGGAUCUUUUAUUUUCUUCCAAGUGAAAAUGAUAAAACCAAAGUGACUUAAAAACAGUAGCAAGCAAACUUCUGUGUGUGUGUGUGUGUGUGUGUGUGUGUGUGUGUGUGUGUGUGUGUGUGUGUGUGUGUGUGUGCGCACGCGUGCGCAUAUUUUCUGUGGAAGUGGACAAGCCAGCAGCAAAUGUGAGGAACUAAAGACUUUUUUAAUUACCAAAUAAGGUGUAAAUAAAUGGCAUUUCUCUGUCAUUUAAAGAUCAUGGUUUUGAAGACUUGGCAUUCUCAAACAAGGCAUCAAUACCCAAUGUUGUUAAAACUAUAAUGAGACCAUCAAUGUGAAAAAUAGCCCAAGGACUGCAUUUGCUAAAAUGUGAUGAUAAUUUGUGAUACAGAUUUACAUAUUCCUUGCAGAACAAAUUUAAAAUUAAUGCAAUUUCAUUAUGCUCUGAGUCUGCAAACUAUUUCACAAAGGAGGGCAUUACAAUACAAAUUUGACAUGUUCCACCUGUAGAGCUGCUUUCACCUACACGGAAAUAAUUACUUUUCUUAUCAUGCAGCCUUACUACAACAGGAAUAAGAUGGUGCAAUAGAAUGCUGUUUUCUAUCAUAAUGAAGUGACAAAUGAAACUGAUGCAUCAAAAUCAAUAUUAGUUUACCUUAAGUGAUUUUUAAAGUACUUUCAGAAAUUUAAUAACAAAGAGUCUGUAGACAGACAUUUCCCAAAAAACUACACACAAAUUACCUGAGAAAUUGUAUCAUUGAAUAUUAAUACUGCCACCAUCAUGAUUGUCCCUUCACCCACCCCUUUCCCUUUUCACCUCAUGUUGCAAUGUAGCAUAUAAAUUGAUCCUGUCUCCUUUUGUUCCAGUGUUAUUGUAAUGUACCACCACCACAACAACAACAACAACAAUUAGGCACACAAGAUGCAUUUAACUUCUGUUGGUUCUCACAUGACUGUUAAACAAUUACUGCUUUCUUGCCUUCACAUCUCCUGCUAUUUAAGCCUUUCACCCAGUCAGUUAGUUCUUUAUGUUUUGUUCAUACAUCUUUUCUUCUUAGUCUCUUCACAUAAGCAGAUUAACCAUGUCUUGCAUUCUCUACAGUCUCACCCUUCAUGUCUCACAAUUAGAAUGUUAAAAUCAUGCACAUUCUUUCCAAGCUGUGAAUUCCAGUUUCAGAAACAAAUAUAUUGUUGGAAAAUUGUACUGUUAUUUAAUGGAAACCUUGUAUUCCAAUAAAACACUACUGGUCUAACAUAUUUUCAUUUUUCCUGAAACUUCCUCAAUGGGCGUUGACACUGCUGAGUUGUGCUAAAUUUUUUUCUCGGUGUGUCUUCUCUGCUUUCCCUGUUUCAUUUGAUUCCAGGAUUCAGUAACUUUUCUGACACUGCAUUUUUAAUUUUAAGAACCACAAAGUGUGUCCCCUUACAUGGCACUCAAUGUGAAGCUAUGCUGUAGUGUGCAUAAUGCAAAUAGUCCUACACAGAAAACAAUUUUCAAAAAUAUUUCUGCCAUAUCCAUCAUUAAACAUUUUUCCAGUCUUGCUCUACCCAGCACAUCACUCAUUAAUCUACAUAGUCGCAAUGAUUUUAGGCACCAAUGAAUGUCAUUUAUGUCCCCUUUCAUAAGUGGUAAUAAUCUACUCACAACACACACAAAAAGAUUAUGCUGGCAGAGACCAAAAAUCAUUUCUAUUAAAUACAAAGAACAGACAUAAAAUGCAAGCCUGUAAGGUUAGUUAUUUUUGUUCAUACAGAUAUUUCCAUGAUCUCCAUUUAUUUUGUUAGCUUUUUAGUAUUUUUAAUAAAACACAAAUAGUCAUUGUAUUGUUGACAUCUUUGUUCAUAGAUUCACUUAUUUACAAUUCACUCAUCUAAUCUCAAAAUUACAAAUGUUUCUUUUUCCAAAGUAAGACUUAGUGUGGUGGUACCAUAAAACACUGUCAAACUAAGAGAAACAUUCUUGAGUUUAUGAAUUUCAAUUCAUAUUGCUUGCUAGUGGACGUACAAGUCACUUCCAUGUAUCAAACAUUGAAACUUUCACAUUAUAUGCUAGUAUGCAUAAAAACUUCAUAUUUUUACAUAAAUUUUCCUCCAUAUUUUUACAUAGUGCUGCUGUUUGUUAUUAAGAAAUAUCUAAAACAAUGUUGUAUGAGAAAAGAAGUGUUAUGUACUACAACAAGUAACUAUAUUGCUACUGGUUAGCAGUAUAUGUGAAAAUACAUAAUUGUUGCAACUAUUAACAGAAGAAAAACUGUGAAAAUAGAUUUAUGUUUUCAUGCAAAAUGAUUUAUGGAAAUAUGGUGCUUCAAAAGACGUGUGUUGCUAAGGCAAUGAAUGAAUGAGAUAUGUUGUGUAUGCUAAUCUGCACAUUCUUAUUCACUGGCUUUGAGAGAUUUUAAAAGUACUGCAGGCAGAUAACUAAUGUUAGUUAUUGUAAUUGAUGUGUAUUGUUUCUUCAGAUAAAACUGUAUAUUUUUUUAUUUUUCAUGUCAGAGAGAGUGAAUAUUCAUGUUGGUGUUUUAUUAUAAAGUGAAUGAUAAUGUGGUUAAAAAUUCUAACAACUUCCUGAAGUUUAUUAGGCAACAACGGAGUUUGUUAGUUAAGUUUAAAAGACAAGAAUAAAGUUUAAAGAGUCUCCUGAUAUAUUUGUUUAUUUCUGGUACUAUCUUGUGCUCACAAGACCCCCUACUCCAAGAUGGUAUAAACUACACUUCUGUAAGAAAACAAAACAUCAGCCACUUGCCAUUUGUGCAAAUUAAAUAUUUUGAA